AUAAUAGUAUAACUGCUAGUAGUAUCAUCAUAAUAACUAAAAUUAUUAUUCCAAACAUUACAAAUAAUACUUAUACAACUGCUACUACCUCUCAUUAGUAUUAGUAUUUGUAGUAGUUGUAUUAGUACUAGUACCAGUAUAAGUAUAAUCAUAAUCAUCACUAUUUUAAUUAUUUUUUACAAAUAUUACUAUUAUUACCUCUACAAUUACUACUAAUGCUACUACUACUACUACUAUACUACUACUAGUAUUAAACCAGUGAAGUAGUAGUGGUAUAGUUAUUUAUAUUCGUUAGAUUAUUAGGAGCACUUUAUCCCUUUGUGUCUGUCCUCAUGCCGCAUGUCCAUCUUGUCCAUAUUGUCCAUAUUGUGUUAAUUGACGGAUUAUAACGGUUCACAGUUUUGCACGCUUCGGUUGUUAACGUCCUCAAUGCGUUUCAACGGCUAAAGUGAGGCGCGCGCGCCAAUCAGAGGCUUGGGCAGGAGCCGGGGGUCGCGGGGGGUCGCGGGGUAAAACCAAGAAGCGACUCAUUCACUGUGCGCUGCAGGUGUGUGUGUGUGUGUGUGUGUGUGUGUGUGUGUGUGUGUGUGUGUGUGUGUGUGUGUGUGUGUGUGUGUGUGUGUGUGUGUGUUUAAAAAUUAAUAGUUCUUACAUAGUCUUACGUAAAAAUGAAUUAAAAUCCAAUAUCAGUCUCCUGGUUUGAUUGUGUAUUUUUAUAGUAGUUAUUGUAUUUAAAGUCUAUCUGCUAUUUGUCACCUUCUCUGAUGUAUCUCCUGCUUUUGCUCUUAGAUCCUGUAAAGAACCAACUUUUAAAGUCUAAUCCCUGUUUUUGUGUCUGCAGUACUUGUUUUUGCGCCGAUGGAAACGCUUUGUUGCACACCGGGAGGUUUUUGCGCAUGGUCCGAGCGCCUCUUAAUGACCGACUCCGCAGUCUGUCGCGCUGAUGACUCACCCCCUCCGCCCCGUGCGAGCCUCCUCCCCUCCCCGCGCUUCGCCGGAGACCCGAUUGGUUGCGCACGGGCAGUCGGUGAGGAGCAGACACACCGUCCCGGCUGACUUCCCUCAGGUCCGCUCUAUAAAACGCGUGCGUCACUCUGCCCACGGGCCAAACACGCCGUCACGACUUACCCGGAGUAACCAAGCCAGGAGCGCGCUCGUUGUACCCGUCUUCGACAUUGGCCUAUACAGAUUUAUAAAUACAUCUAGAGUUGGCCUGAGACAUGGACUCCGAUACGAGCAGAGUGUCCAGUCGGCCGUCUUCUCCAGAAGGAGACGAUAUGUUCCUAUCUGCAGCGAAGAAAUCGGCGGGUUUCUCGGGCGCAGUUUCUUCUACGCAGAGUGACUCAUCCCCGGAGAUGAGCGCGGACAUGCGCGGCCUUUCGAGCGGUGACGAAAACCAUCUCGGCCUCAAGAUGUUCUCCAAGAAAGACCGCAAGCUGCUGUCCGAGAAUGAGCUCCAGACCAUCCGCUUAAAGAUCAACAGCCGCGAGCGCAAACGCAUGCACGACCUGAACAUCGCCAUGGAUGGGCUGCGCGAGGUCAUGCCGUACGCGCACGGGCCCUCGGUGCGCAAACUCUCCAAGAUUGCCACGCUGCUGCUGGCGCGCAACUACAUCCUAAUGCUGAGCAACUCACUCGAGGAGAUGAAGCGGCUCGUCAGUGAGAUCUACGGCGGUGGAGGCGGAGGAGGCAGCGGUGGCCAUCACACGACCUUCCACCCGUCUGCCUGCGGCACUCUGGCGCACGCCACAGCUCCACUUUCCAGCCAUGCAGCAGCUGCUGCUGCUGCUGCCGCCGCAUCUCAUCCGGUUCACCAUGCGCUCCUCCCGCCAACUGUGUCCAGCGCGGCCGCUUCUCUAUCAGCACCAGGCCUUUCGACCGUGGCUUCAGUAAGACCCCAUCACGGACUCCUGAAGGCGCCGGCACCCGGAGCGAGCCCUCUCACCUCGAGCUUUCAGCACUGGGGAGCGAGCAUGCCGUGCCCAUGCAGCAUGUGCCAAGUCCCCGCGCCUCAUAUGCCCAGUAUGAGCUCGGUUAUGCCGCGCCUGACCAACGACUCCAAAUGACUCAAACAACUUUUUGAACAUGAGGAACAAUAUGAAAACUUUAUAUUGAAAGACACUUAAAGACUGAUUCCUGAUUUGAUACCGCUUCAGUUGUUCGUUCCAUAAUCGGCUUUGCCUCCAAUAAACAUUGCGGGUGAAUUGGAUCAUUUUAGAAAGACAUCUCAGUGACACUAACAUAGAUUUAUUCCCCCCUAACACGGUAGCUGGAGUAGGUUAUACAGCAGGGUACAUUUAUUUCUGAGUCUAUUCUGACUCUUUCAAGAAACAAACUUGGGAAGUAUAACCCAAACCUUAAGCGUGUAAAUAAGCGUGUAAAUAUGUAGUGUUUGUACAGUAUGAGAGUUUUUAUAAUUAGGUUUUGGGGUGAAUUCGUUUACCUGAGACUGAAAUCGUAUCGCACCUACUCAUCUGUCUCUUUCCUUCAUUUUCCUCUUUAUUUCCUCCUCCCUCUUUAUUUCAUUUAUUUGUUCUAAUUUUCUCCUGUUUUACUGUUGCCAUUGUCCGAUACAAAGAAUGAUCAUUUUUAUUUUUUAUAAAAGUGUGAAACGAUAUUUAUUUACUUAUUUGCGAUGGUAUGUUAAAUGAAUGGGAAAUGUGCUGAAAUUGUAAUUGUAGUUAAAUAAAAAAAAAAUCAUUAAUAUUAA